AUGAUCAAGGUGUCCAAAUUGAGUAAUGAAGUGAAACUUGAAGGAAUGAAGGACAAUGUCCAGUUGGAAUGGUCAACCCAAGCCAUGGAAACAUUACUCAGCCUGGCUAAAUAUUUACCCUCAUGCCAGAAAUCUUCCACUCCACUUGUCUUAACUCCGUCUGCCACCGUCUCAUCUCCUCUCGAGCCAAAGUCCAAUAAUCUGUUCAACUUAAAUUCUUUCAUCUAUACAAUCAAUUACAAAAUGUCCAACUUGAAUGUUUUUGCAGCAAAUAAUUAUGGUGUGUGUUUGCUGUUGUGUGUAGACAGCAUAUCUUUGGAAUAUAGACAAUUGCAGGCAAUCACAUUCAUUGAUAGUUGUCAAGUACUCUAUAUUACAUCAAUUAACAAGUUUUAUUCAUUACAAAAAUGUGCAGACAUCAAAAACGCUGUUGUCCAGUUUCAAGGUGUGAAAAUUACCUACAAACAUACAGAAAAGGAAAUGACUGUCUUGGUGCUAAACGAAAUCCAAAUUGUAUGGAAAACUAGUGUCCAUUUGUGCCUCAUCCGCUUCCUUGAAGAUUUUGCCAACCUCCGCAAAACACUGGCAUUACUCUCUUCAAGCAGCCCCACACCGAAACAAUUGUAUGGCCCCACAGAUAUUGAUCAAGUGGGAGUCUCGGUCAAUAUUAUUCUCCAUACCAGGACAAUUCUUUCAGCUCAUCUACCAAGAAACCAUCUGAUUACUUUACAAACAGAUAGUUUAGUAUUGUCAGUGUCAGCCAAUGAAUUUGUGACUGAAGUUAAUCAGAUGAACAUUGAAUUUGAUGACCAUGCUGUCUUUAAUGUUGAGGGCUUGAUGGUUGGAACUUUGUUAGCCAGUCAAAUACAAAGAGAAAGGGAAGUUUUUAAAGGACUCGACCCUUACAAUAAUGCUUGGACAGUGGAACUGAAAAAACUGAUUGUGGAAUUUCCAUACAACUACAAUUUCUCUGCUUGUUUUGAGGAGGUGGUAAAUAUAUUCAAAUGGCUGAAAUUGGUGCACAAAAUCCCAAAGAAGGAAUUCACAUCAACUUCUAAGUUGCCUCCUGAUCUGAAGAUUAAAGUCCAGGAAUUCUCUGUGCAUUUGGGCGAUGAUCCAUUUGAAGAAAAAAUCAGAGACAAUUAUGAGCUUCUGCGUGAUGAAUGGGCUGAGAACGAAAAAAGGAGAUUUGUUCUGGACCAGAAAAUCCUGGAUAUUCGUAAAGCCUAUGUCUUACUGCCAGGUAACAGCAUAGAAGAUCUGUACACAUCUCUAGCCAAAAAAAGUGCUGAGAUUUACAUCCAGAGAUCAAAGCAGCUUUAUUGUAAGGCUCCAAUCAGAAGUAAAUUGUUCACUUGGCAAAUUGAAAACCUUGAGAUUGUUGCACUUGCUGACCUUUCUUAUCAUGGCAAGAAAGCGGUUGUGAAUCACAUGCAACAAGUGGAUUCAGACAGUCCCUACCCUGAGGAGGGUCUGGAAUUCAACACACUCUGGUGUCGAAUGGUGACAUUUGAUGUCAAAGUGCUCACAUUGAUUCUACGAGACUACCCACAACCAAUGCUUGAUGUCAAAGACAUGCAUGCCUGGGGAAAACUUAUUGGUGCUGUCCAAGAAGGAGUGAAAAGAUCAAAACGUUUAUGUGUGGUUGAAGUUGAUGAUCCUUGGGAAAAUAUGACAGUUGAACGGAGUCUUCCUUCCAUCAAAUACUUUUAUGACUUGAGCUGUGAUAUUGAAAGCUUCACAAUGGCCUAUGGAUCUUGUUGGGAACCAACAUUUGCUCAAACCAGUUUAAUGAUGGAGAUGAUCAACAAACCAUCAGUGGAUCCGAGCCGACCUUUACCAUUUUGGGAUAAGCUCCGAUUACUACUGCAUGGCCGAUUGACUAUGUCUGUCCAGCAAAUGAGUUGGCUAUACCAUGCUUCAUUUGAUCCAUGCAACAUUACCGAAUUUAUGGACUGGACAUGGACAAAUUUAAUUCUAGACUGGACAAAUGGUAAAUUUGCACUUAAAGGAAACUUGGACAUCUAUGCUCGGACUGCCUCAAAAUAUGAUGACUGUUUUUUUACAAAAGCUAAUCCCUCUCUCUCUCUCUCUCUCUCUCUCUCUCUCUCUCUCUCUCUUCUCUCUCGGUUGGAAGAUUUCAAGCUGUGGGAGAUUGUGUAG